CUUGUUUGGAGCUCGUCUCUCUUGCAUUGGAAUAGGACAGGGGAUGAGGAAAAGAAGCAGAAUCUCUGAUCUCGGUCCCUUUUAUGAAAACAGUCUCCUUUUAGCCUCUGAUUCAUGAUCCAAUUGGGCAUAGAUAGUCUAUUCGCCAGAGAUGUCCACCACUGCAACUCCAACCAUCCCCUCUCAGUUAACAUCGGAUCAACUCACGGUCAUUGUGGCAGCAUUUUCUUGUCUGGUGUUCUUUGUGGUGAUCGUGGUGCUGCUGUCCAUAUACCGGAAAGAACCUCACUGCUGCAAGGAUGCCCAUGGAGACAUGGACGCCCCUCCUCAGUACUACAGCAGCAGACAGACACUGGUGGGAAACCCCUGUCUGGAACAGACUCAGGAAGUCAUGCACGACAACACACAGACACAGUCAGGGCAGCUGUUCCUCAUCGGCCUGCCCUCCAGCUACCGCCUGCCCUCCUGGAGGCGCCCCCCCCCCAGGCUGCCCUCCUACGAGAGUGUCAGGAAGAAGGACCGCCAGAGACAGAUACACAUGAUGAUCGCUGACCGUUUCGGCCUCAACGGCCCCAUGCUGACUGAGCCCCCUCCAACGUAUGAGGAGAGCAUCCGCCACUCCAUUGAAGUGCCCUUGGACAUUCUGGGGUCUGGAAUAGAUACCCCUCACCCCCAGAACAUUUACCCUCCACACCGUGGCACAGACCUCACCACUCAGUCAGAGGUAACCACUCAGUGCCCAUCCACUCAGGAUGCCAACAGUGCCACCCAACCAGUCUGAAUCCUCAGACUCGCUACUGACCCCUGCUGGCACACGAUAACAAGGACAACUGGAGUAUUGACACUUUUUAUCCACCUUGAUGUGCCAAACUGGUCAGAGGAUAACAGACAGUGGAAAUGCACACAUUCUCAAUAGGUUGAAUCAGAUCCAGCAGCCAAUGGGUUGACUGUACUGUAGGAACAUCCUGCAGUGACAGUAUGCUGGAAGAUAGUGACCAAAGAUAGUGAAAUUCUCCAUUGCGAGUUACUCCAUACUGACAAACUUGAAUGUCUAAACACCUCUUGUCAGUUGUGAUUUUAAACUGGAGCCUAAAUAAGAUUGGUGAACUGGGAAGACCUGGAUUGCCAUUCUUCAGUGAAAAGGGAAACAGUCCUGGAGAUGACCAAUGCCAUGACUAUGUGUCUGAGGUGGAAGGUUCUAAUGCCAAAGGUAACUGUAAGAGGAGACAGGCCAGACGGAAAGACAGUCCAUGGCAAAUGUGCUGCUGAAAAACAAAGACCAUUUUGCUGUGAACAGAAAAAACACCAAAAAGGGAAGAACAAUCUUUAGACUUAAAAAAAAUGUUUCUCAUAUUGUCUACAUUUUAUCAUGGUACCCUCUUUAGAUCAUUUUAUGGAUUAAAGUGUUCUGGAUUAUUUGGUCUUUGGGAACUGUGUUGUAGCAAGUCCUAUUCUGAGUAAAACCACUCUCCUCUUUUAGUGCAAUGUCUGAGCCAAAAACGUAUAAGGGUGAGUUGUAAUAUGCUCCCGUGUCCUACCCUGCUGAGCUUGGGUUGUACAGCUGAGCCAGGUACAACUUGUGUGUUAGUCUUGGAACCUGUGAAGAGAGUGAGUCAACAACACCAAACCUGUGUUGGCUCUGGUAACAGGUCUUAAAUGCAGCCGUUUUUAUAUCAAUAUCAAAUCAUUUAUGGGUAUCUAUGAUGUAC